UCUGCCUAUUACUGGCCGCCGCUCAAGCCUUCUGAUUGGCUGGCCCACUGUCUCCCUCAGUGCUGCAGUUUCCUCCCGCAGUGGAUGGAUCGCAGAACGUCGAUUGCUGCUGCUGUUUACGGCCACGCCUAUAGGGGGCGGGGCUAUCGGCUCGGCGUUCUCUGCCGGCGAUUGAGUCCGCCUGGCAAGGUAAAAUGGCGGAUGGUGCUAUUAGGUGCUGAGGAGACCGGACAGAAGAGGCAGACGGGGGUAAUGUUGGGUAUGAACAAUGAAAUCUCCGUCAGUAACACGUCCUAUGCGUCUGUAUGUCCGGAUCGUGUGCACAUGUGGGCUGUAGGCUGCUGUAUAGAUAGGGGGCUGCAGCUGCCCGUGUUCCGCCUGGCCGGGCGACAUCAUCCCCCAAGGACUGGACGCAAAUGAGAAUGGAAGAAAUGUCUCUGUCUGGCCUGGAUAACAGUAAACUGGAGGCUCUUGCUCAUGACAUAUACACAGAUCUAGUAGAGGACACGUGUCUGGGGCUGAGUUUUGAGGUCCACAGAGCUGUCAAGUGUGGAUACUUCUUACUUGAUGAGACAGACCCUGAAAGUAUGAAGGAUUUUGAAAUCAUAGACCAACCUGGUGUGGACAUCUUUGGUCAGGUCUAUAAUCAGUGGAAGAGCAAAGAAUGCGUAUGCCCCAAUUGUAAUCGCAGUAUAGCAGCCUCCCGCUUCGCCCCCCACCUUGAAAAAUGUUUAGGCAUGGGCAGGAACAGCAGCCGUAUUGCUAAUCGACGGAUUGCAAGUAGCAACAAUAUGAAUAAGUCAGAGAGCGACCAAGAAGACAACGACGACGUCAAUGAUAAUGACUGGUCUUAUGGAUCAGAGAAGAAAGGUGCGUUUAGUCAGUCUGGAGCAAAAAAGAGAAAAUCAGAAAAGAAUCCAAAUUCUCCACGGAGAUCAAAAUCUAUAAAACACAAAAACGGAGACAUCUCUGUAAACCCAGACCCCUUUAAGCAGUACAGUAACAAUUCAGGAAUUAGUUACGAAAAUCUGGGUCCAGAAGAAUUGCAUACGCUUCUAACCACGCAAUGUGGUGUAAUAUCUGAGCAUACCAAGAAGAUGUGCACCAGGUCUCUACGCUGCCCCCAACACACUGAUGACCAGCGGAGGUCAGUCAGGGUUUACCUCCUCGGAUCCUCAGCCUCUUUACCAGAGCCUGAUGGCAGCACGGACAACGACAGCUUCGACAUAGUGGAAGGACAGGCGUUGAUGAGUAGAUUGCCGUGGGAUGGAUCAUCUGAUAUCUCUCCGUCUGAUUCUGCCUCCUCCAAAGCCAGUACAAAUAACUCCGACACAAGGAAACCCAAAAAGAAAAAGCCAAGUCACAUCAACAUGAGUGCAGGCGGAGCCAGCAAAAAGAAAAAACCCAAAGGCCCCGCACCACUAACGCCGGGAAUGUACAGUGAACUCAACUGAGCGUAAGACGUUGUGGUGUCAUGGAUCCAAUGGCUGUGGGCCUUUUUCUACAUGGGCUGUUACCUCUGCCUGCUUAGCCCACUGGCUGCAAAUGGUUAAUACCAGGCUCCCCUCUAACCCCAUGUGAAUUAACCCUCUACUGUGAAAAAAGAAAAAAACAAAUCCUGUCCUAUAUCCAAGGUAAACGUAAUGCCUUAUGCGAGGCAGCGCACUCCUUUCCACCAUUUCUGGCGUGUCUGUUUGCUGCCAUGUUCUGUAUGCUGCAUCUGUGCUGCCUGGCUGAUGUCAUGUGUGAUGUCAGAACUAUAAUGGGAGGAGCUUCUGAGAGGUGGGGGGGGGGGACUUGAAAACCGAGGAGAGGUCUACAUUAAGAUGAACAUUUUACCUAAUCAUGAAGUGUUAGACCCCUGCUGCUGAGUUGAACGGAGACUCGGGGUCUUGCAGUGGAUGAAGUGGACCGUGCAUUACACAACGGGACUCCGGCUCUCAUCUCUGGAAAGUGAGACAGUAAACUUGAAGAUUUUCCAAAAAAAAAAAGAGAAAAAAAAAACAAAAAAAAUAAAAAACCAUGUGUGACCUCAUCACUUCUGAGAAGGAAGUGCUAUAGGUGUUUGGGUGCGGGCCCCCCACACAACCCCAAGGGGCGACUAAGUAAGUGUUUCUGCCCCUGGCGGAUGAAGGGUAAAAAGAUAUCUUGCACGUAUUAAAAAUUCACACUAAGUAUUUCCUUGUAAGCAGAUCUGCUUCAUUGUAAAUGUGUAUAUAUGUGUAUAGCGGGAGCGUCCUUCACAUCGAUGUAAGGGCCACAGGGACUUUGUGACAGCUGCAGCUUUGUUCCCCGGUUGAAGGAAGUGCGUGUCAGGUGACGGUAGGAGAUUAUAUUGCACUUGUAUUCAGUGUUGUUCAGAGAGAGAGAGAGCGCCCCCUAUGCUUGGGCCUGGUGGGGAAUCGUGUGUAAGCUGCUACCAUUGUGCUGCCGGAGAUUUUAUGAAUCGAAAAAUCAUGUCAUUAGAAGACGGCUGAGAUGUCGUGACAGUGGUGAUACUACAACUCCCAGCAUGACUUGACUGCUGCAGGCAGCUUGUCUUGGGGGGGGGGGGUGUCCUCUGCUUUAUUAGAAGGGUCGAUUCUUCCUGGGACUCUGUAAAUUGCGAAGAAUCCUGGCAGUGAUUAAAGGGGUAUUCCAGGCAAAACCUUAUUUUAUAUAUAAUCAACUGGCUCCGGAAAGUUAAACAGA